AUGCUGGAGAAGGCCGGAGGUCUUGUCUUGAGGAAGACACGGGUCCUGAGGGCCGCCAGGGUCCAGGUGCCGACGGGGCCCUGGGGCCAACGAGGUCCUGGUGCCGACGGGGUCCUAGGGCCGACGAGGUCCUGGGGCCGAAGGGUCCUGGGGAGUGACGGGGUCCUAGGGCCGACGGGGUCCUGGGACCGGCGGGGUCCUGGGACCGACGGGGUCCUGGGACCGACGGGGUCCUGGGGCCGACGGGGUCCUGGGGACCAACGGGGUCCUGGGGCCGACGGGGUCCUGGGGCCGACGGGGUCCUGGGGCCGACGGGGUCCUGGGGACCAACGGGGUACUGGGGCCGACGGGGUCCUGGGGCCGACGGGGUCCUGGGGCCGACGGGGUCCUGGGGCCGACGGGGUCCUGGGGCCGACGGGGUCCUGGGGCCGACGGGGUCCUGGGACCGGCGGGGUCCUGGGACCGACGGGGUCCUGGGGCCGACGGGGUCCUGGGGCCGAUGGGGUCCUGGGACCGACGGGGUCCUGGGGCCGACGGGGUCCUGGGGCCGACGGGGUCCUGGGGGCCGACGGGGUCCUAGGGCCGACAGGGUCCUGGUGCCGACGGGGUCCUGGGGCCGACGGGGUCCUAGGGCCGACAGGGUCCUGGUGCCGACAGGGUCCUAGGGCCGACGGGGUCCUGGGGGCCGACGGGGUCCUAGGGCCGACGGGGUCCUGGGGGCCGACGGGGUCCUGGGGCCGACGGGGUCCUAGGGCCGACGGGGUCCUGGGGGCCGACGGGGUCCUGGGGGCCGACGGGUCCUGGAGGGUGACGGGGUCCUAG